CGCGACUAAUAUAGCACACAACAUUCACAAUGGGGCGAGAACACUUGAGCAACGAUGAGUUCUUUGCAAAACUCGCCAACCUCUUCGAGUACACACGAACAAAAGGCCACGGCAGCGUCUACCUCGUACAGAAGCGCAUGACAUUCGGUACAACCGCUACACCACCUCCCGCGAACAAAGUUGCCGACGACCCAUUAUGGGACACUCAUCCUGAGGAUUCGCUACCUGUAUUGAUCCGCGCACACAACAACAAGAGCGACAAGAAAGCAGGAACAGACAGGAAAAAUGUCGACAAGAUAGAGCUGAGCACCGUGGUCAAGCCAGAAGACUUGGAUGGAUUCUAUGCGCGAUACGCAGAGGCGUGCAAGACGGGCAUGACUGGAUUGAAGAAGCGAGAUAAGAAAAAAGCGAAGAAGACCAAGAAAAAGAAGAAGGGCGAGACAAAGGCGUGAGGACGAUGGCAUUGACUUGCGAACGUAUCGCGCACAAGUUGCUUCGUCGUGUGUACGAACGGCGCCAUUGAUACGACUCAGGUAUCGAAAGGGGCAAUAUCGGGUUCAAGGGCACCAUAAGAGGUGCUGUUCAACAAAGGUCACAGCUAUGUGAUCGAAAGGGGGAUAUUCAAAGAAGCAUGAACCGCAACAGGCGGAGCUUGUGGUAUCAGUCGAUUGCGCCUGCGACAGACAUGAUCUCGGCAAAUACAUUUACAUUCAAG